AGCGUGGAGGGAGAGCGAGAGGCGGCUGCGCUGAGCCCCGGUGGCGGUGACAGCGCUGGCGUCGUGUGCCCGCCCCGUGCCCGCCGCGGUGCCCGGCGAGGGCCGCACGGCGCCUUUUUAAGGCACAAAAUGCUCGUUUGUGUCACCGGCAAAUCCCGAAUCCCGCGCCUGGGCCCGGCUGCCCGGCCGAGGGGCGGCGGUGGGCUUCGUGCCUCAGUUUCCCCGCCGCGGCGUUGAAGGAGGGUCAACCCCGGGAUGUGGACGGAGCGUUCGGGAGAGAAACCGUGCGGGGGGGGUGUCUUCCCCUCGUCCUCCUCCUCCUCUUCGUCCCGCCGCCAUCCCGGGGUUGCGCCCGUCCACGUGCUGAUGCUCUCGGGGGAACCAAGGUGGGGGAGUCCCGGGGACGGGGCUCCCGGUUCCCCCCUCCGGCCGGUGCCAGGGAUCCGUCCUGCUGGUCGGAAGCGAGAGCCGGCCUCGGUUAAUCAUCACCCGCCGAGCUCCCCGUGGCAGGGAGCAAAGUCCCUCCGCCGGGGCCGAGCGCCGGCCGCUCCGCGCGGCACGAGGGGGGUUUCGCCGGCCCGCGGACCCUCCCCGGCGCGAGGCUUGGCCGGGGCCUCGCCGGGAGCCGAGCAUGUUUCAGACCUUGUACGACUAUUUUUGGUGGGAAAAGCUCUGGCUCCCAGAAAAUGUCACCUGGGCCGACCUGGAGGACCGGGAUGGGCGGGUCUAUGCCAAAGCCUCCGAUCUUUACAUCACAAUCCCCUUGGCCUUCCUCUUCCUCGUUGUCCGGCACCUCUUUGAGACGUACGUGGCCACCCCACUGGCCGGGCUACUGAACGUCAAGGAGAAGAUCAGGUUAAAAGCCACCCCCAAUGCCACGCUGGAGAAGUUUUAUGCUUCCACCACCAAACACCCCAAGCAGGCCGACGUGGAGAUGCUCUCCAAGAAGAGCGGCUGCACGGUGCGGCAGGUGGAGCGCUGGUUUCGCCGCCGCCGCAACCAGGACCGGCCCAGCCUGCUCAAGAAGUUCAGGGAGGCCAGUUGGCGAUUCACGUUUUACCUUAUUGCUUUCAUUGCUGGCAUGGCUGUCAUAGUGGAUAAACCCUGGUUCUAUGACCUCCGGGAGGUGUGGAAGGGAUACCCCAUCCAGAGCAUGCUGCCCUCCCAGUAUUGGUACUACAUGAUCGAACUCUCCUUCUACUGGUCCCUGCUCUUCAGCAUCGCCUCCGAUGUCAAGCGCAAGGACUUCAAAGAGCAAAUCAUCCACCACGUCGCCACCAUCAUCCUCAUCAGCUUCUCCUGGUUCGCCAACUACAUCCGUGCAGGGACGCUCAUCAUGGCCCUGCACGACUCGUCGGACUAUCUGCUGGAGUCCGCCAAGAUGUUCAACUACGCCGGCUGGAGAAACACCUGCAACAACAUCUUCAUCGUCUUCGCCGCCGUCUUCAUCGUCACCCGCUUGGUCAUCCUGCCCUUUUGGAUCAUGCACUGCACGGUGGUUUAUCCGCUGGAUCUCUACCCCGCCUUCUUCGGCUACUACUUCUUCAACUUCAUGAUGGUGGUGCUGCAGUCGCUGCACAUCUUCUGGGCCUACCUCAUCAUCCGCAUGGCCCAGAAGUUCAUAACUGGAAAGGUGGUGGAGGACGAGAGGAGCGACCGUGAAGAGACAGACAACUCGGAGGAGGAGGAGGAGGCAGUGAAGAACGGGCCCCUCUCCAACGGCCACCCCGUCCUCAACAACAACCACCGCAAAAUCGACUGAGCGCCCUCGCCCCGUCUCUGCGCCGGCGGGGGCGGCCGGGGGUCCCACCGGAGGCCAAACCUGUGAGAUGUCAAAUUCCAGCGAUGCCACCCUCGCGUAGCACCAAGGUCCCCGUCCCCUCCAUCCUCUCCCCUCCCCGGUCCAGCUGAGCAAACUGGGACCCUGGAGAGCCCGUCUUGGCCCCCGGCGCCCUCUGUCGCCUCCUCCGGAGAGGGGCCGCGGCUCGGGGGCGGCAGCGGUCGCCGCUUCUCCACCUCACGCUCACCGUUGGUGCCCUUUCUGCCUUUCACCUGCUGCCUUAAUCCACCGCGGUGCCCCGGGACGGGGAGAGCAAGGACGGCUCCCGCCAGCAUCCCUCGGGAUGGCUCCUGCACCCCCCUCGGAUCGGCUGCGGCCGGAGAGCUCAGCUCCAGCCCCUCGCCGGGCUCCAGCCCCGCGUUAUUCCCCCUUUUCCCGACCAUCCCCUCGCCGCAGGGAAGCGUGUCCUGCAGCUGCCUCUUCAAACACCAGGAAAAAGCCCCUUUCCUGACCGGUGCCCGGCAUCGCUGCCGGCACCGAGCGAGGGAAGGCGGUGGAAAAGCCGGUGCAGACCCGGCUCUGCUGCCCUCGGAGAGCUGGGAGGGAGGAGCAGAGGAAGUCCUGGGUAUUUUAGGGGCUGGAUGACGAGAUGACACUAUGGAAGUACUGGGGAAGGAAGCUGCGGGGUUUAGUCACUACUAGUGUUGCACGGAGGAGUUUAAUCCCCUCCUUUCUCCUCUUCAGAUGGGUUUCGAGUCUCUCCCGCUCUGUGCCCUCUCCCGGUCCCUUCCCCACCUGUAACAGGACAAAUUUGCAACUGCUUUCCUUUAUUUUUUGUUGUUGUUUCUAUUUAUUUGGAAGACAGAAGGAGCCGGGCUUGGCUCUGUCUCCCGCGUCCCCCUGGGAUGUGGCGAGACCUCCCAGCACGGAGGGGUGGGGGGAAAAGGACCAUUAACCAACGUCAGACCAAAAUGUGUUUUGUUGUUUCUGUUUUUUAAAAAAAAUAAAAAGGUUAAAUAUAUUAAAAGUUAAAAAACUAAUAAACUUCAGUAUAAAAAAAAUAAUAAA